CUUACAGGAAAUCCUCUUCGAUGUGACUGUGACGUCAUCUGGCUUCGCGAGUGGGCUAACAGAAAUAACACUGUCAUUCGUCUACCAACCUGUAACUCUCCGCCAAGUGUCAAAGGUCAAUUUUUGUUACAAUUGACAAAUGAAACCUUGUGUGAGGAUAAAAAUGAGACUAUGAACGUUGGCUAUACGUCCGAUGCCUAUGAUGACUUUGAACUGUUGUCUCUGUCUAGUACCCAAAACUCCAUAACUGUCUCUUGGAAAGUAAAGACAGCAGAAAAGGACACAGAAAAAUGGAAGGUCUUAUUCAGAACGUCUAACGACAGUCCUUACAAAAUGACGAUUAAUCCUGAGGAACAAAUUAUCUCUUAUGUUGCAAAAGAUCCUUCAAAAUUACAUACGGAAUCAACUUAUGUGACUUAUGUAAGCAAAAUAACUAAGCUGGUCCCCAAUACGACAUAUGUUAUCUGCAUUUCUUUUGCUAGAAACAGUCGUUUCUUGAUACAGCCGGAAAAAUGUCAGGCUAUCAAGACAAUUAGCCACAUAAUAACGUCCCAUACGUCAACUGUAAGUGUAGAAACUUCGGAAGACGUUAAACCCAAGACUUUUCACAUAAAAACUAUUCUUACUGAUAUUAAUAUAAAUCCCAAAUCUAUAUCUAUAACGUUGAAGAUAGUGACAGCGUCGACAACCGAGAGGUCUGUAAUACAGAACUAUUCCUUAAAUGAUUCUUCCGACUCUCUUAAAUGGAUUAUACGUGUUCGAAAGUUUGCUAGUUUUAAUAUUACAGAAACGGAAAUCUCUGUGGAUACAAAUGAAGUCCAAAGCAAUCGAAGCUUCGAAUAUACGGUCACAGAUCUCUCUCCUUCAACCGGAUAUGACUUUUGUGUGCAAGCAAUAAAUUCAAAGUUAGUAGAUGAAACAGACAAAAUUCUUCCAGAUAUAGUCUCUCCUUUAGUGCACCAAAGCUUAUAUAAAGAAAACAUGAACUCUAUAUCUACUUCUUGUAAAGAGGUAGUCACUCCAAAAGAGAAAAUUUUCCCAGUAACAGAAGUUGCUAUAGCAACAACUGUAUCUACUUCCACUUCGGCUGUAGUAGUUGCUGUUGUAUUUUUCUGUUGCCCAAAAUCUAUUUUCAAAUGUAAAACCAAAAAAUUGAAAGAAAAACUUUUAGGUAAAACAUCUUUAGAUGAUAAUGUUAGUCACGAAAAGAAGAAGAAGGAUACAUCUUUAAAGAAGUUUCUAACAAAAAAUGAACAAACUCCCAGCAGGCAUUUCUGUUUAGAAGAAGAAACCGAGACCGAAAGAAAUAAUUCUCUAAAUCUAUUAAGAGAUCGUUUGGCAAACUUGGAGACAGAAGAAAAUUUUUUAAGGCAGCAAGUGAAUUCACAGAAUUUUAAUUCUCAGCCGACUCCGAGAGAUACUCCUGGUCGAAGCCUAAUCCCUGGUUUAUCAGGAGCAACUAGUAUAUACGAAAGGCCAAAAACACCAAAUGAGAACAGAGUUCAUUAUCUGACCCCAAAAAUGUUGCAGGAAACACCAACAAAUUAUAUAACUUUACAACACUCGGAAUAUAGUGAAGGUUAUUCAACUUCUAAGAAUGAAUCGAUGAGAUCUUCCUCUGUUUAUCUUAAUCCCGAAGAAGUUCAAUACAUUGGUGGACAAAAAGUCCAAAUACUUGUACAUGGUUCUCGAACUCUUCCAAGAAAUUCAAAAGAUAUAUUCCCUUUUCACUCACGCUACAGUUUGCCUCGUGCUUAUUGGUCAAAAGAUGGCACUGCAAGGCAUCCUAGUUCUUCUAGUGAGUCGGAACACCAAGGUACUAAAAGUCUUAACAGCACAGGAAAAGGAAAACUGUGGUUUCGUAGCAACUCUCUAAGUGACUCAACAAGUGGUAUGAGUUCUCAUUGCUCACAACUCAGUUCCCAAGGCUCGAUUAGUAGUUCAAUAAGUUUUUCUGACGACGUGUUUAUUGACUUUAGAAAACACUUUGAUGCUCCUACUACAUCACAUGUUGAUUUUGGGCCAAAGAUUUCUACAAAUCAGCCUUACUGCAUUGAACACGUGUAA